CAUAACUGACGUCACUUCCGCUAGAACAGUAAUUGUCCCAGUCGAGUUGCCGUAGCAUUUCCGCUAUAGAGCCAGUUAAGUUGGCUGAUGUUGUUGACCACACUAUAAGUCGUGAAAGGUAUUGCUGUCAAACGAGGACAAUGGAGCCAGAGACAAAGCGAUGGAAAGGGACUGUGAGUGACACGGACUCUUGGAUUGCACAUCCAGUUCUGUCAGAUGAGCAAACACAAGUCAUAGAGCUGAUUGAUGCAUUUGCUGCACCUAUUGUCAACAAGAGAGAGACAUCUCGACUCGUCAAAGAGUUGAAUAGCAUCUACCCCUUGAAAGGACUUCAGCAUGUGAAGAGGGUCCGGGUGAGGAAAGAGGAGGGCUGCCCUCACCCUUUGGAGGUCCUCUUAUGUCUCGUCAGUGAAGCACCAAACAUGACCUCAGUCAGCAUCGUGUCUCUGCUGCCAUCAGGUGGAGUUGGACAUGACGGACUGGGUGAGCCUUUCAUAGUCAAGGUUCCUGCCCGUCCUCCUUUGACAAGACCCCAGUUCGAGCUGGCGAGCAAACACUGGCCCACCUCUUUCCAUGAAGACAAACACCUGACCGAUGCCAUGAGAGGAGACUUCUUCAGCAGUGCUCAGAAAGCCAAGAUGCAAUCGUACAUGACCCAUGCUGUGGCCGCUGCCAAAAAGGGAAAAGUUUUGGGAAUGGAGGCCGUGGGAGCAGUCGUGGUCAAUCCGCUCACGGAAACAAUCAUUGCAGUCGGCCAUGACUGUAGACGUAAACACCCGCUUCAUCACGCAGUUAUGGUAUGCAUUGACAUUGUGGCCCACAUGCAAGGUGGUGGCUGCUACUCCUUUGACGAGUACCCUGCUUGCAGUUCUACAUCGUCUGGUCCCGUUUCAACACCAGUCUCACCCUCCUGCCUUUAUACAGAGGGGACUACGCAGCAGCCGUACAUAUGCACUGGAUAUGACCUUUACGUGACCCGAGAGCCUUGUGUAAUGUGUGUUAUGGCGCUGGUCCACUCACGGAUAGGUCGUGUGUUCUACGGCACGGCCUUUUCAGACGGAGCCCUUGGAAGUAAAUUUAAAAUCCACACACAGAAAGAUUUGAACCAUCACUUUGAGGUCUACAAAGGUGUAUUAGGCAAGCAGUGUCAGGAUCUCAACAGUUUGUCUUUUUGAAACUUAUUUAUUUUAGACCUUAUGUGGGCCUUCAUUUUAAAAUAAUUGUACUUAAAUGGUGAUUAUUCUCAGACAGGCUGGGUUUACUAUGGUUUGCAGGCCAUAUCAGACCUGUUUUGUUUGCCUUUUAAUCAGUUGUAUUAUUUUUUUAAACACUGAAGAUGUAGCCAGCAAUAUGAUGAGUAAUUAUAUGUUGAAAUUACCACAAAUCCUGAACAAAAUUACUGUAGUUUCUGAAGCGAGAUUCUACAAGUCAUUAUGGUAAUCUCGGGGAAUACAUCACAUCAAAUGUAGCUUUUACAGGAGAGAGAUUUAUCUCCAGCUCACAGAUGUGAUAAAGACAAUGUAGCAUCAUCAUCCUUGCACACCAACUUAAUGGAUGAUAACAGUGGAAACGUACAGGUCCACAUAAUGUCCCAGUGAGCGACACAAGACAUCUUUGUUGAUGGCACACAUACAGCAAAACCAUGCACUCAUUUAUCUGAAAUACACGUUUCAUACAGUCACUGUAUUUUCAUUCCUGUCUAUAAUGUAGCCAUGUGCUAAGCCUGUGGCUGCUUUUUCCUUCACUGGAACGAUGGUCGCUGUGAAGACUACGAUAUGGAGCAACAUUCCUACUCACCUCUUGGAAAAACUGGCAUCAAGCGUGCCCAAACCAGUUUUUCAGGUGAUUUAACAAGAAUGCCGCAGCUACUUUAGUACUUUUCUGACCAUUUCAUUUAAAAUUUUAUAAGCUAUAGUUUUAAAACUUGAUCAGCUGAUGAACAACUUAUUUCACUUUAAUACUUGUUUGCAUUUUUCCUGGUUUCACUCCCACUUCUUUUUGCAUUUGAAGAUCAACUUAGAGCCUUGAGAUCUAACAGUGGAAAAUAUUUGUUAUCAGGAGUGUUUGUGUGGCCAGUAAGUUAAAAUAAUUUCCCACCCCUGUGGUAGGAACACAUUUUGGGUUAAAAACUACUGUGUGCAAACAAAUACUAACUUACAAAAUGGGUGUCAAACUCAAGGCCUGGGGUCCAGCUCAGCUCCCGCUAAAACAUGGAAAUAGUACAUGUCAUUAAUACACUUAAUCUUUCUUGCUAAAAGCAUUUGUUUUAUUCAAAUUUUUACUUGUACUCAAUGCAAUUUUAGUUUCCUUCACUUUAAUCAAUAAUAAACAUUGGAGGCAAGAAAAUAUGACAAGCUUAUUUAUUUACCAAACCCCUAAAAUAAAAUGUGAAAUAUUUGUACACUUGAAUACGUGCUUGCCACUGCUUCUGAUUUCAUUAGUUAUCAGUUUGUUGGUAAACAUUACAAACAGUCAACAGCUACUAAUAAUGUCAUGAUGUCUGUGAAUAUUUCCGUUGUUACAAUUUGAGACCCUUUAUGAAAUCAGUGUACCAAUAAAGAGACACAGCUCUCACUCGAAGUAAAUAUUUUUGAAAAGUACAUAAGUACAUUUGGGGUAUUGCCAUGGCUACACACAAAUGUCAUUACAAUUAGUGUCACCAAGUGAAUUCAAGUCAGAUCAAGAAAAACAAACAUUCAUAUUCAUGGACAAUUUUGUAAGUUUACCGCCUUGAAACUCCAUGUUCACAUAUUUAUAACUUACAAAAUAAGCAGAGGUUAAUCAAAAGGCUACAGAUAAUUAAAAAAAAAAAAAAACCUUCCUGAUACCUGGGCCAGCCCAGGUGAGCCCACACCGAAACACAUAAUAACUCAAGUUAAAAUUGCGCGUUGCAGCCGGUCUUCAAACGUUUCCAUUUGAAAAUGUAUUUAACUCAAUGAUUUCAAUGACAAUGUAAUUAUUUGCACAGCAUAUUACACACGCAUGUUGAACAGAAGACAAUAUACUGAGUUUAUCUUGAACCAGACUUAGUAUUUGUUAAUCCCAAAGACUCUAACUCCAUGCAGUUGUGGUAGCUUGGGGAUCAGCACGCUUAAAAGUGAGGUCGUGUUUAUGAAGAAGUGUGUUGUGUCAUAUUUUGUGUAGAAACUUGCCAAAAAAUAUCUGUGGAGACAGAAAAAGGGAAAGGUCACACACACUGAGGAAUUGAUCUUAAAAUUACAGACUAUUGAGCACACCUGAAUAUAAACCACACAUACCAAAUUUAAGCAGAAAAACUAAGUUGUUCACAGAAAUACACUUUAAACCUUGCAAUCCUACCUACUCUGAUCAAACUUACUUAAGAUUUGUCAGUUUCAAACACAAUCGCUGCACAAGCCUUAAAAACGGGAUAUUAGCUUCUGUUGUGGAAAUUGACACAAACAUUUAAAAAAAGGGGGUGCUAACAAACAAUGUUGUACCAGUAGUCUAGCACUGUGAUCAAUUUCUGCUCCAAUUUUAUUGACUUGAACAGCAGACUAUAUGUGGUACUGUGAGAUGUGACUUGCGCAGUGCACAAUUGCACGCAAUUUUCUGGUUACAAAAAUCUGUAAAAACAAAAACGUUCCUUGUAGCAGUACGGGCCUGCACCAUUUAGCACUACCACCUUUUCAAAGUUUCAAACACCAAUAUCAGAUAAUAUGUAAAUCCAACCCCAAUGAUGACGGCUUGUUCCCAGAGAGUAUUUUAUCGUCACACUCAAUGUGAUUUGACCCUGUAUAAGGGCUAAGAUACAUGUUUCAUAAAUAGAUGAAAAGUACUUACAAAAUGAUUGGGGAAAUGGUGAAGAAUUUUCUAGAAGAUGUGAACUGCAUGCCGUAAUCGAGCUGUUCCCAGUGUGUAAGAAGUCUGGCCUUCCCUUGGUCAGGGGUCUCAAAGGGCGUCCCUUUCACCGCAUGCAUAAACACGUACAUUCCCUGAAGAUAGUAACUCAGUUAGUAUCCAAUCACUGUGGCUAGAGCCUGACACAAGCAGACUCAC